AUGUUUCGCAACGAGAUUUACAUGUAUGAACGAAUAAUUCCUCUUUUCGCUGAUCUAGAGUCCCCAUAUAUCUAUGGUUGCGAGGAGGAGAUAAUUUUGAGGGACUUGCGACCGGAAGCAUCCUUCCACGCGACGUCCCUGGCCAAAAAAUUGGAAAACCUUUCGGAUUUCAAUAAACUAUUGUCUCCACUCGAAGAAAUCCAAUUCCCAAAAGGUCAGCCAGCUGAACUUGGGGAAACAAUAGUAGAUAGCAUGAAAGAAGCAAUCAAGAAUAUGGAGUUGAUAAAAAAAAGUGACGAGUUGGACGCAGCAAUUAAAUUUUUAAAGAUGCAUAUAUCUGAUGUUGUGCCAAUAAUGAAAGAUUUUGUAUCACCGCCAAACAACAUGUAUCAUGUACUAACACACGGCGACUGUUGGAACAAUAAUAUAUUGUUCCAGCAUGACACCCUUGGACAUGUAACGGCGACACAAUUUAUUGACUACCAAACGCCGAGACACGUUUCUCUGGCACUGGAUGUGCAUUAUUUUUUGUACUCCAGUGCACAGACAUCUGUGAUAAAUAAUAAUUACAAAGAGUUGAUUGAUUUAUAUCAUAAAUCAUUUAUCGAAAAUCUAAAAAAGUUGAGUGUCAAAGAAGCUCAUAUAAAAGCACUGUCAUUGAACUGGCUCGAACGUGAGCUUCAACGACACUCGCUUUAUGGCGUUUUUACCGGCGUUUGGCUUGUUGGAGCCGUUUUUGCCAGGGAUGAAAAUCAUGUUGAUCCAGCUACUGAGAAACAGAAGAGAACGAAAAAUAUAGUCUUGCAUUAUAUAAAAAAUUAUGUUCCGUAA